AUUAGGUAAAGAUCUUUGCACAAAGGAAAGUCCCAGAAAAAUCCUUUGCCCUAUAAACAGCUUUGCUGAUCUAUGAUCUUAGCUAAUCGCUUAGCAAAAGCAGGGCGAAUUUAAGUUAUGGCUGCUCUAGUGGUUUUUAACCGGGAUGAAGAUAGCAAUGAAGAGAUUGAUAUUACUAAAUCUAAUAGCAUUGAUACUCUUAAAGUUCUUGUUGAAGAAACACUCAACAAAGGCAGCAUCUCUCAUCUGCAGAUAUGGAGUGAAAGGUUUAAUAAAUACAAAAAGCUGACAAGAUUCGAGGAGGUACAAGAUGGAUGCCAGAUAAAUGCAGUGCCAACGAGGACACAAGACCAGCCAACUCCAGUUUCCCCUGGUAUGACUGAAGAGCCCCUGGUUUCACCAACUUUGACAUACUGCACGGAAUCGUUGAUUGCAGACGAAGCUGCAGCCUCGAGUGAUGCUAACCAGGCAGGAGCUGGUGCCUACGCUCAAAAUUCCAACAUCUGGACUGAGAAGGACGUCCUGAAUGUCCACUUUCUCAAUCCCGAAAUUCUUGAUCAGGAAAACUGGAAGUGUGAGUAUGGUGUACUCAACACCACUAAUAUCCUUAGUUGGGCUGCCGCUUGGAAUACCAAGAAGUGUCCCAAUAUUCCAAUCUUUAAGAAGACGGGUAGGCCAGAAUCAGCUGACAUCAGAGUCAAGUUUGAAGAAGGUGAUAGAUCUCAUUCCGAGGUUGGUAGCCAAGCGACGAAAGUUGUAGAUAAGUCUAAGCCCACAAUGGUCCUUUCACUAAAUGGUAAAGUACCCAACGAGCAGAAAUUUCUUGUCAUGCAUGAGUUUGGCCAUGCUCUUGGUCUGUUCCACGAGCACCAGCGUUCUGACUUCUGGAAGGUAGCGAACAGCUUGUUGGAUGUGGAAAAAAUGAAAAAGGAUUCUCGAAUGAAGAACGUGAAUUUUGGCAUAGAUAUUUUGCAAAUGGAGUCAGAAGGUCCCACAACAAUAUCGCCAUACGAUCCAGACAGCAUCAUGCACUACUGGUUUGAUGUGAACUGGCUUAAAAAGAAGGACCACAAGACUCUAUUAAAAUUUGAGGCUGAUAGAUGUCUCAGUGAAGAAGCAAAGACAGUUUUGAGAGGGAUUCACAAGAGACAUCGGAGUUGUGCUGAUGGGCCUUCAGAGAAAGAUCUUGAUUUUCUACAAAAGAUUUACGGAGGAGAGUCACCAGCCUCUCCGACCCCAAACAACAGCUCAGUCCCACAGCGAGCUGUACCUUCCUACGGGCAAAUCCAACUCUCCCCCUCUGAAAAGCCGUACCUCAACGCUCUGUAUGACGCUGCGUACAGGGGAAGGGGAAAGUGGUCAAACAUUGGUAAUAAUCUGGGUUUGUCUGGGGACGAUUUGAGUGCCAUUAGGACAAACAAUCCUUUGGAUGUUGGAGAGUGUUUCCGUGCAAUGCUGCUGAAGUGGUUUCAAAGCGGUUCUAACUGCUACCUUGAAACUUUCCUGAGUGCUCUCGAAUCAAAGGCUGUGGGUCUAGACAACCUGUGCUCAGACGUUGAGGGCGCCAUCUUAAAAAUUGCCAAUGGACCACAAGUUGCCAAGAGAGCACGAAGGUGAUGUCAUACCCCCCCUGAGCAGAACUGAUACUUGUUGCUAUAUAUAGCAUAGUAGAAUAAUAACAGUAGAUUAUUACUUACCUUGAUAAUUAUAGUAGAGACUAUAAUCAUCUAUAUAGUUUGAUAACUUACGGAGUGAAGUGAGUCGCUUUAUAAUAAUAGUGCACUAUA